GUUUUGCGUGAUACAAGCGUGUGUGGUAGAGAAAUUGAAGAGUCGGUCUUCUAUUAAAAUAUCAGUGUGUCGUAUUUUCUGCCUUCACUGCCAGCCAGUUUAUGAUCUGCACUGUUCUCGCCUUGUUCAAUUUUAUCAUUGACAGAAUGUCCGGCAAUAAGGAGCGUACUUUUAUUAUGGUGAAGCCUGAUGGCGUUCAACGUGGAAUCGUUGGAAAGAUUAUUAAGAGGUUCGAGCAGAAGGGCUUUAAGCUUGUAGCACUUAAAUUCACCUGGGCAUCCAAGGAACUUCUUGAAAAGCACUAUGCCGAUCUAAGCUCGCGUCCUUUCUUUCCCGGACUCGUGACGUACAUGAAUUCCGGGCCGGUGGUGCCUAUGGUCUGGGAAGGCCUCAAUGUUGUUAAGACUGGCCGUCAAAUGCUAGGAGCUACAAAUCCCGCUGAUUCUGCUCCCGGAACCAUUCGUGGUGACUUAUGCAUUCAAGUUGGACGUAACAUAAUUCACGGAUCAGACUCUGUGGAGUCAGCCAACAAGGAAAUUGCGCUAUGGUUCACAGACAAGGAAUUGGUCAGCUGGGCACCAGCUUCGGAAAAUUGGGUGUACGAAUAAAUAGGAGUGAUUAUUAAAAUUAAAGUCACGAAAAAUUGAAAUUCAUAGAGCGAGAAGCGUGCUUGAAAAUACAGUGAACUCUCAAAAUAAAAGCUAUUUCGUUCACAAUUAUUA